UCCCCACAGAUCACCAAUAAAAAUGAAGGCGGCGGACGAGCCUGCCUACCUGACAGUGGGAACUGAUGUCAGUGCCAAGUACCGAGGUGCCUUCUGUGAGGCAAAGAUUAAGACUGUCAAAAGGCUGGUGAAAGUUAAGGUACUCCUGAAACAGGAUAAUACUACACAAUUGGUGCAAGAUGACCAAGUCAAGGGGCCUUUGAGAGUUGGAGCUAUUGUUGAAACCAGGACAUCUGAUGGAUCUUUUCAGGAAGCUAUUAUCAGCAAGUUGACAGAUGCUAGUUGGUAUACUGUGGUGUUUGAUGAUGGUGAUGAGAGAACAUUGAGACGUACCUCGCUUUGCCUGAAAGGGGAAAGACAUUUUGCAGAGAGUGAGACACUUGACCAGCUUCCCUUAACAAAUCCAGAGCAUUUUGGUACUCCAGUAAUUGCAAAGAAGACGAACAGAGGAAGAAGGUCCUCUCUUCCUGUUACUGAAGAUGAAAAGGAAGAAGAAAGUAGUGAAGAGGAAGAUGAGGAUAAGCGACGUCUCAAUGAUGAAUUAUUAGGAAAAGUUGUAAGUGUGGCAUCUACAACUGAGCGAACUGAAUGGUAUCCAGCUUUGGUAAUAUCUCCUAGCUGUAAUGAUGACGUCACAGUGAAAAAGGAUCAGUGUUUAGUUCGAUCAUUUAUUGAUUCUAAAUUUUAUUCUGUAGCAAGAAAGGACAUUAAGGAAGUAGAUAUUCUCAGUGUACCGGAAUCUGAGCUCUUCACUAGACCAGGGUUUCAGAAAGCAAGCAUCUUCUUAAAAACUAGAAUUGUUCCUGAUAAUUGGAAAAUGGAUAUAAGUGAGAUACUUGAGUCAUCCAGUAGUGAUGAUGAAGAAGGCCCCGCUGAAGAAAACGAUGAAGAGAAGGAAAAGGAGGCCAAAAAGGCAGAAGAAGAAGCGUAACCUGAGGAAGAACUUGAUCCUGAAGAGAGGGACAACUUCCUCCAACAGCUUUAUAAGUUUAUGGAAGACAGAGGUACUCCAAUCAACAAACCACCUGUUUUGGGCUAUAAAGAUCUCAAUCUCUUCAAACUCUUCAGACUGGUUUAUCAUCAGGGUGGAUGUGACAAUAUUGAUAGUGGUGCUGUAUGGAAGCAAAUUUAUAUGGACCUUGGCAUUCCUAUUUUGAAUUCAGCUGCUUCCUACAAUGUAAAAACUGCUUAUAGAAAGUAUCUCUAUGGUUUUGAGGAGUACUGCCGUUCUGCAAAUAUUCAAUUCAGAACUAUUCACCACCAUGAACCAAAAGUAAAAGAAGAAAAAAAAGACUUAGAAGAAUCAAUGGAAGAGGCUCUAAAACUAGAUCAAGAAAUGCCUUUAAUAGAAGUCAAGAGCGAACCUGAGGAAACCAUUGAUUCAAACAGUGAAAGUGAAAGAGAAGAAAUAGAAUUAAAAUCUUCGAGGGGACGAAGGAGAAUUGCUCGAGAUGUGAAUUCUAUUAAAAAGGAAAUUGAAGAAGAGAAAACAGAAGACAAAUUAAAAGAUAAUGAUACAGACAAUAGGGAUGUAGAUGAUGACUAUGAAACUGCAGAAAAAAAAGAAAAUGAGCUACUACUGGGGAGAAAAAAUACACCAAAGCAAAAAGAGAAGAAAAUUAAAAAGCAGGAGGAUUCUGACAAAGACUCAGAUGAAGAGGAAGAGAAAAGCCAAGAGAGGGAAGAAACUGAAAGCAAAUGUGACUCUGAAGGGGAGGAAGAUGAGGAAGACAUGGAACCCUGCCUAACAGGAACCAAAGUGAAAGUCAAAUAUGGACGAGGGAAAACUCAGAAAAUUUAUGAAGCCAGUAUUAAAAGCACUGAAAUUGAUGAUGGAGAAGUUUUAUAUUUGGUACAUUACUAUGGAUGGAAUGUCAGGUAUGAUGAAUGGGUGAAGGCUGACAGGAUAAUCUGGCCUUUGGACAAAGGUGGACCAAAGAAAAAACAGAAGAAAAAAGCUAAAAAUAAAGAAGAUAGUGAAAAAGACGAAAAAAGGGAUGAGGAGAGGCAGAAGUCAAAACGGGGACGACCACCUUUGAAAUCGACCCUUUCAUCAAACAUGCCAUAUGGCUUAUCUAAGUCAGCAAACAGUGAAGGAAAAUCAGACUCUUGUUCAUCUGAUAGUGAAACAGAAGACCCUUUAGAAAAGAAUUUAAUAAAUGAAGAACUUUCUCUUGAUAUUAAAGAAGAGCUAGAAAAAAAUGAAAAUUUAAAUGAUGAUAAACUAGAUGAAGAAAAUCCAAAGAUUGCUGCACAUAUAUUGAAAGAAAAUGACAGGACUCAAAUGCAGCCUUUAGAAACCAUGAAGGUGGAAGUUGGAGAAAAUGAACAAAUAGUACAGAUUUUUGGAAACAAAAUGGAACAAGUGGAAGAAGUUAAGAAAGAGUCAGAAAAAUCUACUAAAGGAAAGGGAAGACGAAACAAGACAAAAGAUCUUUCUUUAGAAAUAAUAAAGAUUUCAUCAUUUAGCCAGAAUGAAGCAGGAAGUGAACCUCAUAUAGAAGCUCACAGCCUCGAAUUUUCUUCUUUAGACAGUAAAACCUAUUCUUCUGCUGCUGAAGAUGAAAUUGACCAAUGUGCAAAAGAAAAAAAGUUGAAACGGAAAAUAAUAGGACAAUCAUCACCAGAGAAAAAAGUAAGAAUUGAGAAUGGAAUGGAAAUGACAAAUAGUGUAUCUCAAGAAAGGACCAGUGAUUGUAUUAGAUCUGAGGUAAUGAAAAACUUAAAUUUUGAACAGCACUUUGAAACGGAAAAUGAGGGAAUGCCAUCGUUGAUAGCAGAGUCAAACCAAUGCAUUCAACAAUUAACUAGUGAAAGAUUUGCUCAUCCAUCUGAAGAAACUGUAAAUACUCCACUCAAAGAAGAAGAGGAUGCAAUGCCUCUGAUUGGACCUGAAACCUUGGUUUGCCAUGAAGUAGAUUUGGAUGAUUUGGAUGAAAAGGAUAAGAUCAGUAUCGAGGAUGUAGCAGUUGAAAGCUCUGAAUCUAACUCUCUUGUUUCUAUUCCACCUGCCCUACCUCCUGUAGUCCAACAUAACUUUUCCAUAGCUUCACCACUGACUCUCAGUCAGGAUGAGUCUCGAAGUAUAAAAAGUGAGAGUGACAUAACCAUCGAAGUUGAUAGUAUUGCUGAAGAAUCUCAAGAAGGUCUCUGUGAGAGAGAAUCAGCAAAUGGGUUUGAAACCAGUGUUGCCUCUGGUACCUGUAGUAUAAUUGUGCAAGAAAGAGAGAGCAGAGAGAAGGGUCAGAAAAGGCCAGGUGAUGGAAAUGGUGGGUUGUUGGCAAAAAAGCAAAAACGUACUCCAAAGCGAACAAGUGCUACAGCCAAAAGUGAAAAGAAUGGAACAGGACAAAGCAGUGAUAGUGAAGAUCUUCCUGUUGUAGACAAUUCAAGUAAAUGUACUCCAGUAAAGCAUCUUAGUGUAUCGAAGCCACAGAAAAUUGCACGAUCUCCUGCAAGAAUAUCCCCUCACAUCAAAGAUGGAGAGAAAGAUAAACACAGAGAAAAACAUCCGAAUUCAUCCCCUAGGACGUAUAAAUGGAGCUUUCAACUCAAUGAAUUAGAUAAUAUGAACAGUACAGAGAGAAUCUCAUUUCUCCAAGAAAAACUACAGGAAAUCAGAAAAUAUUAUAUGUCUUUGAAGUCUGAAGUUGCAACCAUAGACAGGAGGAGAAAAAGAUUAAAAAAGAAAGACAGAGAAGUGUCUCAUGCAGGAGCCUCCAUGUCAUCUGCUUCCUCAGACACUGGAAUGAGUCCCUCGUCAUCAUCCCCCCCACAAAAUGUGCUUGCUGUAGAAUGCAGGUGAUAAACAUUUUCUCGACCUUCCCAGCAGUUUGCUGCCAUGGACAUAAAUUUCCUAACCCUGAAAUACAACCACAGAAAGCACUCAACUGGUUUGACAUUGCUAAGUAUUUCCUGUAUACUUUUCCAGGCUGAAUUGUAUCUAUUCCCUUCUCUCUUCUUUUUUCUUAUUGCAGAAAAAUAAGCUGAUUAAUAAGUGAAGGUUAGGCAGCCUGCCAUAUUUGUCAUAAUUUUUUUUCUCUUUACUUUUUUUCCCAUUUUUUGUGAUAUAGAAAAAAGGGCACUUAGCAAAUUUGAAUUUGUAUAAUAAAGCUUUCAGGUGUUAUAGAAAUCAUAGACAAGCAAGUGCACAUGAUAAACAUCAAAAUAUUAUCCAGCUGAAUAGUUACUGCUGCACUUUCACUAAGAAGUAUUUGAACACUUGGUGAGUAGGGGGUUUAUGUUGUGGUUUUUUUUAAUUUUUUUUUAUUUUUAUUUUUUUUAUUUUUGUGGAAGCACUUGCUAUUUAGAACUGCCAAAGUAUAUGUUCAGCAGUGUGCCCAGGUUUAAAAGGUGUAAAUGGGACAAAAUAAGUUGUGAAAGGAAGUGUAGUUGACUGAAAACUACAGUUGUAAUAAGUCUUCCACUUUUUAUAGGAUUUUUGAGCACACAAUUAUGCAAAUAUUUUAAUGUUUAUUAAUGUUUACAGUGGAAUUGUGAAUAAGUUUUCAGUGGACUAUCUUAUCCCUUGACAAAAAUAUUUUGUCUUUUUUCUAUGUAAUUUCAGAGUUUUUAUUUUGUUACAAAAAGACAAAAAUGAAAUAUAUAACAACAAUGAAGUUAUUUAACAAGAUUUCUAAAGCUGAAAAUUUUGUGUAAAAUAAGGUAUUAUCUUGCAACUUGUUAAAUAUAUUUAUUCAGACAUUGGAUGUUGUAUUUUUAUGUAUUUUUUAAAAUAUUAAUAAAAUUGAAAAAAAGAAAAUUCUAGGUUAAUUCACUCUUUGGAUGACAAUAGGUCUCAGCUGUCCCUUUUACAGGAGGUUGCAUCCAGCAGCCUUGCCUGUGUUGCAGGGAGUCUAUCUCAGUCCUUCGAACAGUUAUAGAAUGAUAAAUGGGCAUCUGGAUCAUUAAAGUAUGUCCUUGUUUAGAAACUUUGGCAGUCCUAGUAUUUUAACUGUUUUGAAGAUCAAAUUUUUUGGUUGCCCUUAAGAUACUUUGUCACAGUUUUUAUGUUUGCUAUACUGCCGAAUAAAUUUAUAUCUCCCAAAGUUGAGAUGCAACAACUAAAUAAAGCAACUAUGUAUGCUUUGUCUGUGAAUUGUUCCACAGACUGAUACAUUUUGUAAAUAAUGCUUCCAAAAUCAUGUAUUUAAAGCAGUUUUGCAUAUACAUUAUGUAAAAAGGUGAUUUUUUAAAAGCAAUUUUUAAAUUCAUGUUUGUACAUUGAAAGGGGUUUUUUUUAAACCUCCUUUUCUGUGUUUAAUAUGCUGUAGAGUAAUAAUCUAGAUGCUCUAGACUGUAUAUCAGGAUCUGAUUUACAAGAACAAAGUCAGAGCUAAACACUAGUGAUGGCAUAGCAUUACUGAAAUCAUUGUUUCUUAAUUUCAUUUUACCAUAUUGUGAACUUGUGAUUCAGAUUCCUUUCAUUUUCUCAGAGAAUUAAAAACAAAAAAGUACUCUUGUAAAAUGCACUUUUCUGUCUUUUAUUUGCAAAGCAGAAGUAUUUCAAUGUAAAAUAAAAAUGAAGCUCAGCGGGCAGUAUUAAUAAAGGCCAUGUUUUAAACAUAGGCUUUAUAUUUUUAGUUUUCUUUUUAGUGAUCGCUUUUCUUCCUAAGCGCCAGUAACUUACAGAUGGAAAAUCAGAUUUCACAAAGCAUUUGAGCAUGUUCUUCAGUCUUUACGAUAAAAUAUUUCUAGCACUUAAUUAUAAAAAUGAAAAAAA